GGUUGUGCAUGUCGGGAGCAGCCGAUCCAGCAGCUCGGGCGAGCGCUGCACUGGGGGAAAAGAGAGAGAGAGAGAGAAUGUGAGAGAGAAUGUGAAAGAGAGAGAGAGUAAGCAGAGGAGAGAGAGUGAGAGACCCAGCAAACGCCCAGCGCAGCCACCAAUCUGCAACUUGCGAAAGUCUUGCAAACAAAACACCAAGCGAGAGGGAACAGAAAGAGAAAACAGAGACAAAAAAGUUGAUGCUCACUUUUCGAGGAUACAGUUGGUAGUCAUAUAAUUUUAUGCAGCACUGACUUGACAUAACCAACUGCAAGAAGAAAAAAAACAAAUCUGAGAGAAAAUGAAUUUGGCGACGCUACUCUUUGCGAGUUUGUUGUGUGCAACACUGAAGGUGCGGGGAAUAAUUUCGCAGUCAGUGUGUGCCGGGACUGAGAACAAGCUGAGCACCCUCUCCGACCUGGAGCAGCAAUACCGUGCGCUACGGAAGAAUUACGAGAAUUGCGAAGUUGUCAUGGGCAACCUGGAGAUCACUAACAUCGACCGGAACAGGGACCUCUCCUUCCUACGGUCCAUUCGAGAGGUCACCGGAUAUAUCCUGGCUGCUCUGAACCAGUUUGAAUAUCUGCCGCUGGAAAAUCUGAGAAUUAUUCGAGGAACAAAGUUGUAUGAGGAGAGAUACGCGCUGACUAUUCUGCUGAACUACAAGAAAGAUGGAACAUUUGGAUUGAGGCAGCUGGGCCUGCAAAACAUGACAGAAAUCCUGAAUGGGGGUAUCUACAUUGACCAGAACAAGUUUUUGUGUUAUGUCAACACCAUUCAUUGGCAAGAUAUCGUGCGUGACCCUCACAAUGCUGAUAUUAUAAUCGUCCCAUCCAACACCACUGCAGCAUGUGGGAGGUGUCACAAGUCUUGCAAAGGUCGAUGCUGGGGUCCAUCUGAGAACCAAUGCCAGACCCUCACGAAGACGGUGUGCGCCCAGCAGUGUGACGAACGAUGUUUUAGCCCAUUUGUUAGUGACUGCUGCCAUCGGGAAUGUGCAGGCGGCUGCUCAGGACCCAAGGACACCAAUUGCUUUGCGUGCACCAACUUCAAUGACAGUGGAGCAUGUGUCAUUCAGUGUCCUCUGCCUUUCUUCUACAACACAAUAACAUUCCAGGUGGAACCCAAUCCAAAUGCCAAGUACACCUAUGGAGCCUUCUGCGUCAAGAAAUGCCCACAUAACUUUGUGGUGGAUCACAGCUCCUGCGUACGAGCAUGCCCAAGCAACAAGAUGGAAGUGGAAGAGAAUGGAAUCAAAGUGUGCAAGCCUUGCACCGACAUUUGUCCAAAAGCUUGUGAUGGCAUUGGAACUGGAAGUUUACAGUUGGCGAAAACUGUUGAUUCGAGUAAUAUCGGAAAGUUCACAAACUGCACCAAGAUCAAUGGGAACCUAAUUUUCCUCAUAACCGGCAUCGAGGGGGACCCCUAUCAUAAUAUCGAGGCUUUGGAUCCAGAUAAACUGAAUGUCUUCCGGACAGUCCGAGAGAUUACAGGUUUUUUGAAUAUUCAGUCAUGGCCAAGAAAUAUGACGGACUUCAACGUGUUUGCUAAUCUGGUAACAAUAGGAGGCCGAAGUCUGUACAGCGGGAUCUCCCUGCUGAUUCUAAAGCAGCAGUGGGUAACGUCCCUCCAUUUCCAGUCGCUGAUGGAAAUAAGUGCGGGCAACGUGUACGUGUCUGACAACCCCAACUUGUGCUACUAUCAUACUGUCAACUGGACCGUCCUCUUCAGGACCAGCAUGCAGAAACCAGUCAUAAAGAACAACAGAAACUCACAGAACUGCACUUCGGACAGGAUGAUAUGUGAUGUCUUGUGUUCCGAUGAUGGAUGUUGGGGUCCCGGACCAAACCAGUGCCUAUCCUGCAGAUUCUUCCGCAGGGGCAGGACCUGCAUCGAAUCUUGUAACCUUGAUGAUGGGGAUUUUCGAGAAUUUUCAAACGGUACGGUUUGCAUGGAAUGCGAUGAGCAGUGUGAGGAGAUGGAGGAGGGUUUUGUGACAUGUUAUGGAACGGGCCCUGACCACUGCACCAAGUGCUCACACUACAAGGAUGGUCCCAACUGCGUGGAGAAAUGUCCUGAUGGUCUUCAUGGUGCCAGUGGCUUCAUUUUCAAGUACUCUGACUCCAACCAAGAAUGCCACCCAUGCCAUGCCAACUGCACCCAGGGGUGCACAGGCCCACGUAUUCGGGACUGCUUCGAGCUGAUGGAUAGGAUGCCGCUGAUAGCUGCCGGAGUGAUAGGUGGACUGUUCAUCAUGGUGAUCCUGGGGCUGGUGGUCGCCGUGUAUGUGAGGAGGAAGAGCAUCAGGAAGAAAAGGGCAAUGCGCCGCUUCCUGGAGACUGAGCUGGUGGAACCUUUAACUCCCAGUGGAGCUGCACCUAAUCAGGCCCAGCUUAGGAUUCUCAAGGAGACUGAACUGAAACGCAUCAAGAUUCUAGGCUCUGGUGCCUUUGGGACCGUCUACAAAGGCAUCUGGGUCCCAGAAGGGGAGACGGUGAAGAUUCCUGUAGCUAUUAAGAUCCUACGGGAGAGAACAGGUCCCAAGGCGAAUGUGGAAUUCAUGGAUGAGGCUCUGAUCAUGGCCAGUAUGGACCAUCCGCACCUCGUCCGCCUCUUGGGUGUUUGUCUCAGUCCGACAAUCCAACUGGUCACUCAGUUGAUGCCCCAUGGCUGCCUGCUGGACUACGUCCGUGAACACAAGGAUAACAUUGGCUCACAGCUACUUCUGAACUGGUGUGUUCAGAUUGCAAAGGGGAUGAUGUACUUGGAGGAGAGACGCCUGGUUCAUCGAGACUUGGCGGCAAGAAACGUGCUGGUGAAGUCACCGAAUCACAUAAAGAUCACUGACUUUGGCUUGGCCAGACUGUUGGACGUGGAUGAGAAAGAGUACAACGCAGAUGGCGGAAAGAUGCCGAUUAAAUGGAUGGCCUUGGAGUGUAUUCACUACCGGAAGUUUACCCAUCAAAGUGACGUGUGGAGCUAUGGUGUCACUAUCUGGGAGUUGAUGACGUUUGGUGGGAAACCAUAUGAUGGAAUCCCAGCCCGUGAAAUACCGGAUAUACUGGAGAAAGGAGAACGCCUUUCCCAGCCUCCAAUCUGCACCAUUGAUGUCUACAUGGUGAUGGUCAAAUGCUGGAUGAUUGAUGCCGACAGCAGGCCCAAGUUCAAGGAGUUGGCAGCGGAAUUUUCUAGAAUGGCUCGAGAUCCACAGAGGUACUUGGUAAUUCAGGGAGAUGAUCGUAUGAAGCUGCCCAGCCCAAAUGACAGCAAGUUUUUCCAAAGUUUACUGGAUGAAGAGGAGCUGGAAGACAUGAUGGAUGCUGAGGAGUAUCUAGUCCCACAGGCCUUCAACAUCCCCCCUCCCAUCUACAGCUCGAGACAGAGGAUUGAUUCUAACCGGAGCCAAGCAGGACACAGCCCUCCACCUGCCUACACUCCCAUGACAGGAUGUCCCCAUGUUGAAUUUGUCCAGUGCUCCAAUUCAACCUGUGCCAGUCAUCACAAAGAUGUGCUCACAAAUUCACCAAAGCAGAACCAGUUUGUGUAUCGUGACGGGGUCUUUGGGCCGGAAGAAGGGUUGCCAGUGCACGGGCUGUCCCUCAGCUGCUCUGGGACCACCCCGCUGGAGGAACAGGGUGCAGCCUCUCCGCUGGAGGUGUUCGACGACAUGUGCUGCAAUGGGACACUGAGGAAGCAGGUCCCACGGCAACGGGAGGACAGCAGCACCCAGCGGUACAGCGCUGACCCCACCGUCUUCCUGUCGGAGCGUGGGCAGAGGGGUGAGCUGGACGAGGGGGGCUACAUGACCCCAAUCCAGGACAAAAAGACCACAGUAGUUUGUGAGCGAGCAGGACCUACUCAGGAGGACCGAACACUGACAAGACUAUCCAAGGCAGACACCAAGCCCAAACAUUCGCGCGCAGAGUUCUUGAACCCCGUGGAGGAGAACCCAUUUGUGACUCUUCGGAAAAAUGGUGACGUCCAUGCUCUGGAUAACCCGGAGUACCACAAUGUCCCAGAGGGGCCACAGACCACAGAGGACGAGUACGUGAACGAACCCCUCUAUCUCAAUACGUUUGUCAAUGUGGUUGAGAACCCAGAAUAUCUACAGGACAAGAUUGCCAUAUCAGAAAACGUUGACAAGGCCUUUGAUAACCCUGACUACUGGAACCACAGUUACCUGUCCAAAGGUACCAUGCACAAUCCUGAGUACCUGCAUGAGUACGGCACAAAGUUUUUUUACAAGCAGAAUGGACGCAUCAAACCCAUCGUGGCAGAGAACCCUGAGUAUCUUUCAGAGUUCUCACUAAAGCCAGGGACUGUACUGCCUUCAUAUGGACAGCGUAACACAGUGGUGUAACCUCACACCUCCUGGGAUUCCAGCUUCACUGGACCUCCUCAUCAAACUAGAAACUGGUAUCCUCAAUGAUAACUGGAAGGAAUAUGUCUGAGGUCUUAGUACUGACAAACUUUGUCUGAACUGAAGGAGAGUUGGAUUGCUAGAAUUCAGCCCUAGUCCAAUUCGAAGCUUCUGAACUGACACCCGUUACAAAGCAAUAUGGUUAUAAACAGAAAAAUGAAGGAUUGCUGUGGAAGUACCAAAAAUGUAGAUCUUUGGGAUUGAGUUUUCUUUUGGACCUUCCACAAGAUGAUUCAGAAAGUUAUGGUCAAGGAACAGAGUGCAAUAGCCUGUCAAUGGGGGGAUGGGGAGGAGGGUGGGUGUGGAUGGCUCCAGGAGUGUUCAAGUUGAGGGUUAAUUCUCAAAGAUUGUUUGUCCAACCAAACAUAACCCUCUAAUUAGGGCGAAAAUCCACAAACUCAGCCCAUCAGUAACACUAAGGUAUGAAUUUUUUUUGGGGGGGGGAGGAUCAUGCUAACAUCUCAAUAUCUGGUACAGGUUGAAUCCUCUAAAUUGGUAAGCUGACAUGGCACCCCAUGUAAUAAGUUUUUUCAACAAUUGACAAUGGAACUAACCUGGAUGGGCCUGACCUGACUACUGGUCCUGAAGCAAGCACAUCUCAUUGUUGAUUGACCCCUUUCCACCCCUAUACCCACUAUUUACCUGAACACUAUAGCAGGCUUCAUUUUGAAGGUGGCUUUAUUAUGUAGCAGAUCUCUCAAUUCUUUUUUGUACUUAAAUACAGUUUAAUAAUGGAUAACCUUUGAAAAGAUUGGAAAGUAGUGCCAUUCUUAAUUCUAAAUAAUAGAUUGAGAGAACAGUUUUGUAAUUGAAAAAUUAAUGGAAGGGGUUUGUUUUGUCUAUGAUAAGCACACAUCAUUUAUGCCAA